UCUUAUUUUGAAAAGCAAACAUCCACCCGGAAGUACUCAGCACCCUGCUUUGCUGGGGCUGAGCCGAGUUCUGCACAUAUGAACGCUGUGACGAGAGUAAUGUCGAAGUUCCGCCUGGCUGUGGUCCAGCUGCAGGUGAGCAGCGACAAAGCGAACAACCUGAGCAAAGUGCGGAGGCUGGUGAAGGAGGCAGCGGGACAGGGCGGCAAAGUGGUGCUGCUGCCGGAAUGCUUCAACUCUCCGUACGGAACGAGCUUCUUCUCCAAGUAUGCUGAGAAGAUCCCAGGAGAAACCACCCAGAUGCUGUCAGAGGUGGCGAAGGAGAACAAGCUGCAUCUGGUGGGAGGCUCGAUCCCUGAAGAGGACGGCGGGAAGCUGUACAACACCUGUGCCGUGUUCGGUCCUGAAGGAGAGCUGAUUCUCAAACACCGGAAGAUUCACCUGUUCGACAUCGACGUUCCAGGGAAAAUCCGCUUCCAGGAGUCCGAGACGCUGAGCCCUGGGAACAGCCUGUCCACGUUCGACACGCCGUUCUGUAGGGUGGGAGUCGGGAUCUGCUACGACAUGAGGUUCGCGGAGCUCGCUCAGCUCUACAACAGGAAAGGCUGCCAGCUGCUGGUUUACCCCGGAGCCUUCAACAUGACGACAGGCCCCGCCCACUGGGAGCUGCUGCAGAGGGCCAGGGCCCUCGAUAACCAGACGUACGUGGCCACAGCGUCGCCUGCCAGAGACGAAGCCGCGUCCUACGUGGCCUGGGGUCACAGCACCGUGGUGAACCCGUGGGGAGAGGUCAUCGCCAAGGCCGGGCAUGAGGAAUCCAUCAUCUACGCUGAUAUCGACCUGCAGUACUUGGCCGACGUCCGGCAGCAGAUCCCAAUCAGCUCCCAGCGUCGGGACGACCUCUACGCCGUGACGGCCGUGCAGCAGGGAUCGGGCUGAACGCUCCAAACGGGAUCACGCUCCUCUAAUUAUGUGAUUUCGGAAAAUCCCAACGUUAAAUAAUCUUGGUUCUCGUCAUCGAGGAGACUGGCUGUUAAUACUUAGUGCUUGAUGGAGUGGUUGCGAUAGCCAGCCAGCUCUACUUCAGGACCAGCCUUCAUGUGAAGAACGACGAACUGGGAGGGAAAACGGUCAAGGACAAUUUUCUUUUCUUUUUGUUGUUGUUUUUUUCCUCCUGAACAAUUUCUUAAAUUUGAUUAGAUUUGAGCUCGUGUUUAAAUUAUGCAGUUUUACAUGUGUUUCUCUGCUCUGGUUAUCCACCCAAAUCCAGGUUAAUAAAAAAAAUCCCAGACUCGCUAA